AUGGCGUCCUUUAUCUCUUACCUCGUCUUUCUCCCUCUGCUUCUCCACUCCUUCUUCACUUCUGUAGCAGCCAGUGGCCACUGGAAGCAGACCAAAGAGUUUGAUCUCAAGAUAACAUGGGAGGACUAUGCUCCAGAUGGCUUCUCCCGAAAGAUGCUGCUCGUCAACGGCCAAUCCCCCGGUCCUGUCCUAGAGAUUGACCAAGACGACUGGGUUGUCGUGCGAGUACACAACUACUCCCCAGAGAACAUCACCAUCCACUAUCACGGCAUCGAGAUGAAGGGGACCCCUUGGUCGGAUGGCGUCCCUGGCGUGACACAGCUUCCCAUUGAGCCGGGAUGUAGCUUCACCUACAAGUUCCAGGCAACGCAGCACGGCAGCUACUGGUAUCACUCUCACUUCAAGGGCCAGAUUGAAGAUGGUCUCUACGGACCCAUUGUUAUCCACCCUCGACGGAAUGAUCCGAACCCAUUCCACCUCAUCUCGGAUGACUACGAGACUGUCUGCGCCUUGGAAGAGGCUGAGAAGCGUGUCAAGCCGAUUGUCAUCGCGGACUUUGUUCAUCUCACUUCGAAUGAGAAGUGGGAUAUGACGCUUGCUGCUGGUGUUGAGGACUCGUGCUAUGAUUCGAUCCUGUUCAACGGAAAGGGAAGGGUGGAGUGUAUUCCCAAGGAAGAAGUGGAAGCCAACCUCAACCCGGUGCAGAAGGCAUAUCUUGGUGCCGUACCUAACGGUGCCAUGACUGAUAAGGCUUGUCUCCCCGCUGCUGCUCUCUUGGCCCUCGGCGGAGGUGGAGGCAACGAAAGCGCCCUCCUCCCAGGAACCUUUUCCGGCUGCAAAGAAACCAAGGGUCAAAUCGAAGUUAUCAAGGUCUCCAACAAGCACCACAAAUCAGCCAAGUGGGUAGCCUUUGACAUUGUCGGCGCAAUCAACUUUGUCACCGGCGUCUUCUCUAUCGACGGCCACGAGCUCUGGGUCUACGCCAUGGACGGCUCCUACAUCGAGCCUCAAAAGGUCCAGGCCAUCACUGUCACAAACGGCGACAGGUACUCGGUUUUUGUCAAGAUUGAAAAGUCGGGAGAUUUCAAGAUGCGCUUCAACGCCAACAGCGCGCCGCAGCUCAUCACGGGACACGGCAUCCUCUCGGUCGACGGGUAUGGAGAAGCUCAAGAAGCUGAGGCAUACAUCAACCUCGUCGGUCUGCCCGUGUCUAAGGAAGUUGUCUUUUUCGAACAGCAUAAGGCUUAUCCAUUCCCACCUGACCCCAUUUCGCCCACUGCCGAUGUCACUUUCAACUUGAGCAUGAAGAUCGAUGGCGCGACGUAUCUCUGGGCGCUGAACGAUACACGGCUCAUGUCUGAUGAGCUUGAUGUUCAGAAGCCUACCCUGUUCAACCCGAUGCCCUACGUCAACAACAAUGUGACUAUCUCAACAAAGCUGAACCAAUGGGUUGACCUUGUCUUUGUCGCAUCCAUGGUUCCCCAGCCGCCGCAUCCCAUCCACAAGCACGGCACAAAGAUGUACCAGAUCGGCUCUGGAACUGGCGUCUUCAGAUGGAGCUCAGUCGAAGAGGCAAUGAAGGAGAUCCCCGAUCAAUUCAACAUCGUAAACCCCCCUCGGAGAGACGCCUUCACCUCCCUUCCCGCAGAGAAGGACGUGACCUGGGUGGUAGUCCGAUACCACGCCAGUAACCCAGGCCCCUGGCUUCUGCACUGCCAUAUCAACAACCACAUGGUAGGAGGCAUGAUGAUGGUCAUCCAAGAUGGCGUCGAUCACUGGCCAACCGUUCCUGAAGAGUACGCCCCUGGCCGUCAGGGGACACGUGGGAAGAAGUGGCACCACUAA